UGGAGAGAAGCUGUGUGAACUUUGAGCCCUGUGCAAGACUGACCCAUCAUGCCCAGUGACAAACAGCAGAAUGGACAAGGGGGACAUGUCUCCUUAGUGGUGCGAGAGUACCAAGCCAAAGAUCGGCAGUCCGUGAUCCAGAUCUACAGCAUGGGGAUCCUGGAGCUGGUGGUGGACACUGCGUUCAGAAGCUUGAAAUAUCACACCGAGAGUCUGCUGAUCUAUUUUCUCUUUACAGUUGCCGAACUCACCUGCAGGGUGAAAAGAGGAGUCACUAUCACGGGCUGCCUCGAGCCAGUCAUAUCAGGACGUGCUGGGACAAAUUCAAGAUGGCCAUUUGCUGUCUCCUUCAUGGUCACUAAGUCUUGGUGGAUGCUGGGAUUGGUCCCUGCCCUGGUGCUGUGCGCUCGCUACUAUUGCAGCCGGCUGGUGAUCCACGACUUCCUGCAGUACAUGUUAUCCACAGACUUGAGGGACAUUGAGGAAUACUACAUGAACUCGCCAGACCGCUGUUUUUGGGUGGCUGAGAAAGAAGGUAAGGUGGUUGGAGUUGUAGCAGCCAGCGGCGACAGAACCACCGGAUCUCUGGAGCUUCUGCGGAUGUCAGUGGACACCAACUGUCGGAAGUGUGGGCUCGGGAAGGCUCUAUGCCGAAAGGUCAUGGAGUACGCUGCCACAGAGAAAUACACUUCGAUAAAGUUAGGGACCGUUGGAUACACCGGAGCAGCCCUUCGCCUCUACGAGAGUGUUGGUUUCAGAUGGUUGGAGAAUAUAAACGGUUUCCAGUUUCCAGGCACCAUCCACCACAACCUCUUUUUCAGAAUCUUCUUCAGGGUUUAUCAAAGUCGCUACAGACUAGACUUACAGAAUCAAGUCUAGGUUCUCGGGGUGGGAGCUGAAACCAAGCCUGCGUGAGAAACUAUUUGUAAGAACAGCUUGAUUCAGCUGCACUUAGAUGAAAUGAUGCUUACCCUGGAGACACUGACGUCAUUAAUAUUGCACUUCAAAUACUGCUCUGCCCUCUUUGUCGCGUCACUGCUGAGAAGAAAGCAUGUUUCUUUGUUUGUGGCUGCCAAA